GCUUCCGUAGGCCUAACUUCCGGCUUGGCACACCGGAAGCGGUGGGAGGCAGGAGGCAGGAAGGCACUGCAGGAGCGGCACGGAGAGCCCCCAAGAUGGCUGGGCACAGAUUGGUUUUAGUGUUGGGAGACCUUCAUAUCCCGCACCGCUGCAACAGCCUGCCAGCUAAAUUCAAGAAACUGCUGGUUCCUGGAAAAAUUCAACACAUUCUCUGCACUGGAAACCUCUGCACAAAGGAGAGCUAUGACUACCUCAAGACCUUGGCUGGUGAUGUUCAUGUUGUUAGAGGGGAUUUUGAUGAGAACUUGAAUUAUCCUGAACAGAAAGUUGUAACUGUCGGACAGUUUAAGAUUGGACUGAUCCAUGGCCAUCAAGUUAUUCCGUGGGGUGACAUGGCCAGCCUGGCGUUACUUCAAAGGCAGUUUGACGUGGACAUCCUAAUUUCAGGGCACACACACAAAUUUGAGGCAUUUGAACAUGAAAAUAAAUUCUAUAUCAACCCUGGAUCAGCAACAGGAGCCUAUAGUGCUUUGGAAAACAACAUCAUUCCUUCAUUUGUGCUGAUGGACAUCCAAGCUUCCACUGUUGUUACUUACGUUUAUCAGCUGAUUGGUGAUGACGUGAAAGUAGAAAGGAUUGAAUACAAGAAAUCUUAAAGCAAAUUGCUCUACUUGGCUUUUCUCUGUGGGUUUCUUUUUUUUGGGGGGGGGGGGACGGGACAAUAUGCACUCAAGAGUCCGCAGUGUUUCCAAUAUUGUUAACUUAGGAAAUGAGUCCUCUUCCCCUACCGUAGACAGCAAAGUUUUACAGCACUUGACUUACUAAAAGUCUGCCUGGGCUUAACUCUUUUCUUUUGCCUAAAAAUUCUUCAUGUCUGUAAAUACCGUUCAAAGUGCACAGCAAAAUUCUGUCUGUUCAUAUGAACUAUUCCCAGUAUUGUAAUAAACACUUGUUUAACUUUAA